GCCGAUUCGAAGACAGUCUCCGCUGUCGGUCAAACGCGCUCAAACACUCUAGUCUGGUCACGGCAGUUUCCUUACCGGAUUUUAACGCCAUGGAAUUUAAGUUCAGAGCGGUCGACGAUAGGCCGCCACCGUAUAUGUCGCCGUCCGCCACCCUCGGCUACCUCCCCGAUCUGGCAUUCCGAGGAUACUCACAUGGUUUCGACAAUGUGCAAAUUCCGAUUGACAGCCGCGAGGCGAUCUAUCUGCGCGAGAUGGAGAAGCAGCGGAUUAGAGAAGAUAUCAUUGCGGAGGAAAUUACUCGACGCAGAGUUCUAGAAGCCGAGGUGAGGAGAGAGCUGAUGGUUGAGAGAGAGAUGGCGAUGCGUAGAGCUGCGGAGAUGGGGCUACCUUACGAGGAAAGAUUCUCAAUGCAGUCCGACUCCAGACUAUCAUAUAUGCACCACUUUGAUAAUCGGUGGUUCGAGGACCAGCGAGCGUAUGCGAGCCGAUGUGGCCUUGAAUGUAGUCACGAUCUGUUGCCGCAGCCAGAAGUACCUCUGCGAAUGCCAAAGCUUCCAUGUGAUGAGGUCAGGGCUUCAAGGGGUAAGAAGGACAAAUUUAUAAUGCUGGCUAGGCCUGAUCCAAAUCUUGCUGGGAAAAAACGGAAAAUGCCACCAGAAUCAGGUGUGCUUACACUUCCUUUGACGAGUUUGAAGAAACCCAAGGAGGAGUGGAGUUGUGCCCUCUGUCAGGUCAGUGCCACAAGUGAGAAAGGUUUGAACGAGCACCUUCAAGGCAGGAAGCACAAGGCCAAGGAAGAAGAACUAAGAGCUCAGAGGAUUGCUAAAAUUUCUCAAACUAGACCAUUUCCAAAGAAAACUGGAAAAGAUUCCUGGGUAGCAAAGACCUCUGUCUCUGCAAGCUCAGAAACGGAAAGAGUAGAAAAGAAAUCAUCUGGAAUUAAGAAAACUGGGAAUGAAUCCAACCAGAAAAUGGAGUUAAAGAAUAAAGAUCUUGAGCUGCCCUUGAAGAAAAACCGGGGUGCAGAAAAUUUUGAGAACAGAAACAAGGAGCCAUUGAGGAUGGCACCAGAAUUCAAGAAGAAAAAGAGGAACAAUUGUAAGGAGAAAUUCAAAUUCUGGUGUGAAAUGUGUUCAAUAGGUGCUCAUUCUGAGGUGGUAAUGGAUGCUCAUGUAGAGGGAAAGAAACACAAGAUUAUGCUUGAGAAACUUGACAAAAAUGGCAAAGCUCUCCUUACACCUAUCAGCACCUCCAAUACCAGCACCUCAAUCAUUGAAGAAACUCAAAUGGCAAAAGAUGAGAAUAUGAUUGAGAAUACAGCAAAUAAAAGCACAAAGGAAGACAUUCCAGAUGCAGAUGGAUUAUGUCCCUCUUCUUCGGAGAAAUGGCAACAACACUAAGAAACCUAGUUCUAGAGGCUGCAGAAGGUUGGCUCCAUUCCAGAUUUAAAACUGCAAACUCGAACAGUUUAAAUACUUUGUCAUGCUUCUAUUUGGAUUUGAGACCCUGUAUUUUAGCUGGAAUUUGUAAUUUAAGCAAGCGUGAGCCACCGCUAUAUCCAGAACUGAUCUUUGACAGACCGGGAAAUCGGACAGAAUGAUCAAGUUGAACCAAGUUUUUCUACUGCUUUGAAGUGAUCAAAGUCAAGAACUGAUUUCAGACAGAAUAUUAUAACCUAUGAUGCCUUGAGAAACAAAAUGCUGACCCAAAAACUCAAAAGCAAUUAACAGAUCAUCGUCUC